UACGAAAAUGUGUCGUUUUUAAUGUAGGCCCACGACAAGAUAGUGCUGUCUCUGAGUUCGAGUGGAGUUAGGCCACACGAGGAGAACAUGUAUUUAUAAUGUCGAGGUAGGCAUUCUAUAUCACUAUAUUGAUUAACAUUCAGACUUCAACGAUUGGCCCGUGACAAUGUUGUCCAGCGUCUGGUUACAUUAUUGAGAAAAUCAUGUCUUAGUAAAGUCACGCGAACUGAUUUUUGCUUCUACGUUUGGGAGUGAACUCUAGAAACUAGCUUAGUUGAUAAAGCCGAAACAAUUGGUGGCAGGGUGUUCUGAAGUUCUGGCUAGUCCUAGUAGCCAACAGCAGCUUCGCCAUGUCGGAGAGGACACCGCUCCUGCACUAUCGUCUCUCCACAAGCGUCAAUGAGCAGUCGGGGGAGCAUCAUACUACAUGUCUGCCUGGGGAGACUGUGGAGCAGCCCCUGGCUUUUUCCAGACUGAAGUCGGCGCACCAGAGUCGUCCCAAAAAACUCUCCACAUUCUUUGGGGUGGUGAUACCCACCUUACUGUCUAUGUUCAGCGUGGUGGUCUUCCUACGAAUUGGUUUCGUGGUGGGCCAGUGUGGGCUGUAUCAGGCCAUAGCCAUGUUCUUAGUGGCCUACUUCAUCAUCAGUAUGACCGUGCUGUCUGUGUGUGCCAUCUCAACCAAUGGAGCCCUGGACGCAGGAGGGGCCUACUACAUGAUAAGUCGUGCAUUGGGGCCAGAGUUUGGGGGCAGUCUAGGUGUUAUGUUCUUCCUGGCUAAUGUGUGUAGCAGUGCCCUCUAUAUACUGGGUCUGGUUGAGGCCAUAGUAGCAACUUUUGGGCUUCCAGAAGAUGGGGUGAGCCCAGCGGGUUCCCUCCAGGUGUUGCCAGCUGGGUAUUGGUGGUCGUUGCUCUAUGCCACCGGCAUCCUCCUACUCUGCCUGCUUGUGUGUCUGGUGGGGGCAGAGAUCUAUGCCAAGGCCUCCUUCAUCAUCUUCCUGGUGGUCAUGAUGGUGCUGGCCAGCGUCUUUAUCAGCUUCUUCGCCAUGCGCCCGCGUACCAUCCUCCUGCCUGCCGCCCUGCCUGUCCACAACAAAACAGGGCCACAGCCACCCAACAUGGCCAACUUUACCGGCUUUAAACUGGACACACUGCUGGGCAACCUGGAUGCUGACUAUGCUGUGGACUACACAACAGGAACCAUGAUGUCCUUUGCCACGGUGUUUGCGGUCAUGUUUAACGGUUGCACAGGCAUCAUGGCCGGAUCCAACAUGUCAGGUGACCUAAAGAACCCUAGCUACUCUAUCCCUCGAGGAACCAUCACAGCUGUCAUCUUCACCUUCAUCAUCUACAACCUCCUCAGUCUGAUGGUGGCCUGCUCCUGUGACCGUAUUCUCCUCCAGAGGGACUACAGUUUCCUGCGGGACAUUAAUGUGUGGAACCCGUUGGUGACCGUUGGUGUGUACUCCUCCACCAUGUCUGCUGCCAUGAGUAACCUGAUAGGGGCCUCUCGCAUCCUCUUCGCCCUGGCACGGGACGACCUGUUUGGCACGGUGUUGUCUCCAGCUAAGAAGACAUCUCACAAUGGGAACCCCUGGGUGUCUGUCCUCCUCUCCUGGUUCCUAGUCCAGUUGGUGUUGUUCACAGGGAAGUUGAACACCAUCGCCAGCAUUGUAACCAUCUUCUUCCUGCUGGUGUACGCAGCUGUGGACCUGGCCUGUCUGGCUCUGGAGUGGGCCUCAGCUCCUAACUUCAGGCCCACCUUCCGUUACUUCACCUGGCACACCUGUGUGCUGGGCAUCGUGGGCUGUGCUAUCAUGAUGUUCCUGAUCAACGCUAUCUACGCCUCAGCCUCCAUCGCCUUCAUGCUGCUUCUACUGCUGCUCAUCCACUACCUCAGCCCAACCAGCAGCUGGGGCUAUAUCAGCCAGGCUCUCAUCUUCCACCAGGUGCGUAAGUACCUGUUGAUGUUGGACGUGCGUAAGGACCAUGUGAAGUUCUGGAGACCCCAGCUGUUGCUGAUGGUGUCUAACCCUCGUAGCAGUGUAGGUCUCAUCACCUUCAUCAACGACAUCAAGAAGAGUGGUCUCUAUGUCCUGGGACAUGUACAGCUGGGAGACCUGGACACGUUACCGUCCAACCCUCUCCAGUGCCGUUAUGACUCAUGGUUGUCUCUGGUGGACCACCUCAACAUCAAGGCAUUUGUCAACCUCACCCUGGCUGACUCAGUACGGCAUGGAGUCCAACAUCUACUCUUCAUCUCUGGCCUAGGUGGGAUGAGGCCCAACACAUUGGUCUUGGGUUUCUAUGAUGACUGCACUCCCAAAGACAAACUCACUGACCCCGCCCUCACUGCCACCGUCCCCACUCAGGACCCAGAGGACGAACGCCCGCCCUACCACUUCCCCACCCUGCGGCCAUCCAAUGAUGGUAUGGGGGAAAACGGAAAAGUCAUGGGACCCCAAGAAUACGUGGCUGUGAUCGCAGAUGCCAUGAAGAUGAUGAAGAAUGUAGCGCUAGCCCGCUACUUCCACCAGUUCGACCGUGCCUUAACCAUCUCCUCGUCCCCAGGGAAGGGUGCUCUGUACGUGGACGUGUGGCCCGUCAACCUGCUGAGACCAGACAGCUCCAGCUAUGUAGACACCUGCUCCCUCUUCCUGCUCCAGCUUGCCUGUGUCCUCAACAUGGUCCGCGCGUGGCGCCAUGCUAGACUCCGCCUUUUUCUAUGUGUGGAGGAAGGGCGGAGCAUGCGAGGCUCUGAGGAAAAGCUGGGUCAGCUGCUGAAGGAACUGAGGAUCAAAGCCAAUGUGUACACUGUGCCCUGGGACCAGCAGGUGGCGCUACACUGGCAGAGGCAGGGUGAGGCGGGCAAGAGGAGGCCUACCCGCCAGUCACAGAGAGAGGAGGAGGGGCUGGGGAAGAGGGGGUUGUUUGAGGAGAAUGGAGGCGUGAAUAGCUUCCCUAGCAACGCCACAAGGCUGUCUGAUGAGUAUCUGUUGGCGGUUAAUAGGUUGAUCCUGGAUCAGGCCUGCCCCCCUCCGGCCGUGCGUUUCCUGUAUUUGCCCCACCCCCCGGCUGACACGCAGCACUACACGGCCUACCUCCGCCAGCUAGACCUGCUCACAGAGGACCUGGGUCCUACCCUGCUCAUACACGGGGUUACACCUGUCCUCACCACUGACCUCUAACACCUGAACUCUCACCAACUGAUCCCUGAUUAAACCCUCAUCCCCUUACCAAAUUGCUGCAGGUGGAAGCGCUACUUAGACAAAGCUCAAGGAUCCACUUACCUUCCCCAAAGCUGUACUAAUAUACAAAAGUAUGUGGACACCCCUUCAAAUAAGUGGAUUUGGCUAUUUCAGCCAUGCUCGUUGUUGACAUGUGUAUAAAAUCGAGCACACAGCCAUGCAAUCUCCAUACACAAACAGGCAGUGUUAUGGCCCGUACUGAAGAGAUCCGUGACUUUCAACGUGGCACUGUCAUAGGAUGCCACCUUUCCAACAAGUCAGUUCGUCAAAUUUCUGCAUUGCCCCAGUCAACUGUAAGUGCUGUUAUUGUGAAGUGGCAACGUCUAGGAGCAACAACGGCGCAGCCGUGAAGUGGUAGGCCACACAAGCUCACAGAACGGGACCGCCGAGUGCUAAGAUCACCAUGCACAAUGCCCAGCAUCGGCUGGAGUGGUGUAAAGCUCACCGCCAUUAGACUCUGGUGCAGUGUAAACGCGUUCUCUGGAGUAAUGAAUUACGCUUCACCAUCUGGCAGUCCAACGGACUAAUCUGGGUUUUGCGGAUGCCAGGAGAACGCUACCUCCCCAAAUGCAGAGGGCUAACUGUAAAGUUUGGUGGAGGAGAAAUGGUCUGGGGCUGUUUUUCAUGGUUCGGGCAAGGAAAUCUUAACACUAAAGCAUACAAUGACAUUCUUGAUGAUUCUGUGCUUCCAACUUUGUGGCAACAGUUUGGGAAAGUCUGUUUCCUGUUUCAGCAUGACAAUGCCCCAGUGCACAAAGUGAGGUCCAUACAAAAAUGGUUUGAGAUCGGUGUGGAAGAACUUGACUGGCCUGCACAGAGGCCUGACCUCAACCUGACCUUUUGUGAUGAAUUGGAACGCCGACUGUGAGCCAGGCCUAUCGCCCAACAUCAGUGCCCCACAUCACUAAUGCUCUUGUGGCUGAAUGUAAGCAAAUUCCCGUAGCAAUGUUCCAACAUCUAGUGGAAACGUUUCCCAGUAGAGUGGGGGCUGUUGCUCCACUCUAAUAUUAAUGCCCAUGAUUUUGGAAUGAGAUGUUCAACAAGCAGAUAGAUGUUCACAUACUUUGGUGAUCUAGUGUAUUUCCUCCGUUCCCCUAUCCUCCUUAUGAAUAUGGAAGGUGUUGCACUGGCCAAAAAGUAAAUAAUAAUGCUUAAAGGGGACUGAAGUCUGACACUGCCAAGUCAUUGGAGCUCAGUAAAAGGUUUUCUUUUCUGAAAUCACCAUUUUUGUCUUUAAUACAGAAUCAGAAACGUGACCUUAAGUUUACAGUUAAAAUAUGAAAAUCCAGCAAUCUGUUUAAUGGGACUGUUAUGGAACUCUAGUCCGCUCCUCUCCAUGGAAUCCCAUGGAUGUUUACUGAAGGGAUAUCUAUUCUAUAUAGAUCUAUCUCAUCUCCAUGGAGCCCUUCUAUUGGACACUACACUCCUAUGCAAAGAAUGCUGGGGUAUGACCGGUACUAUACAGCUCAGUAACUUGUUGCUGGAACACGCACAUUUUAAAAGCACCAUCCAAAUCAUCAUGUUUCAAAGUGUUUAUAUUGUAACUAAAUAAAGCUAUUUUGUAACA